UGGUAAACAAAAAAUGGAGGCCGGUAGUUCAGAUUGGGACAGAAGUGGUAUUUCGAAUGACGUAACAUGGGCAAUUGUGGAAACGGGAAAAAGAGGACGGGGUUUUGCAUCAUUUUUGCUUCCAGUCCGGCAGUCUCUGUAAGUAACAACACUUCCGAGUCGAGACGCGGACCACCUCUCUCAUCUCCAAGUUCUAGUGGAGGAGAGACACUUCUUCAGAGUCGAGACUCGCUCCUCAAUAAGCUGACUUUCGCCUACUCAGACGCUUUCCGCGAUCCGCAAUCCGCAAUCCCACGCUAACUCAAAUCUCCCGUUGUCUUUUCCACCUCCUGUCGCCGGAAUGGCCAGAAGUCUGCCCGGAUUUCUGGCUCUGAUCGUCGCGGUGGCUUUGAUCUGCUGCUCAUUCGCCGCAGCUGCUUCAACCUUCCAGCCAAUCUCUGAAUCUCACCGAUCUGCCGCACUAGAGACCUUCGAUCGAUCCUAUGGCAGCCUAGAAGAAACGUACGAGGCAUUGCAAACAUUUGACGUUCUUGGGGUCGAGAGAAAGCCCGAUGUAGGAACGGCAGCUUGCCAGUCUGUUUCGCAGACCCUGGUUUCAUCGUCCUCGACUUUGAAGGAUAUAUUCUAUGCUUUGAAAGUCAAUGGAGUUUUGAAGUGCGAGGUGGAUGCAGACAGUGUAGAGGGAAUUGUUUCCACACUUCAAACUGCGGUGGGCAGUGCCAGCUCAUUGCUCGAAUUCUAUCAUUCAAUUGGGGGUUUGGUACUUGUCAAGAAUCAAGCUUUAAAAGAUGAUCUUUAUCUUGCUGAUGCUGAAGGGGUAUUUCGUUCCAUCAAGGCUUUAAGUCAGAGUGAUGGAAGGUGGCGAUACAGUUCCAGUAAUCCCGAGUCUAGCACUUAUGCUGCAGGUUUAGCCCUUGAAGCACUGGCUGGAGUGAUCUCGUUAUCAUCUUCCGAGAUCGAUCAGUCCCUGAUUGGCACAACGAAAAAUGAUAUACUGAAGCUUUUUGAGCGCGUUGAGAAGUAUGAUGAUGGAGCCGUUUAUUUUGAUGGGGAAGAGAGUGACGCUCAUGAGAAUCAAGGCCCUAUUACAUCUACGUGGUCUGUUAUUAGAGGCAUAACAUCGUUUGCAGCAGUGACUUCUGGAAACCUAAAUCUUCCAGGGGAAAAGAUACUGGGAUUAGCUAAAUUUUUCCUUGGAGUUGGGAUCCCUGGUGAUGCGAAAGAUUUUUUCAACCAAGUAGACUCCUUGGCUUGCUUGGAGAACAAUAGGGUUGCUAUCCCGCUAAUUCUAUCACUUCCAGCCACUGUGAAUUCAUUGACGAGGAAAGACACACUCAAGGUUAAGGUCAGUACUGUACUUGGUUCUGAUGCACCUCCUCUGAAGAUAAAGCUUGUAAGAGCUAAAGAUACUCCUGCAAUUGAAAGCCAGGAGCUCAAGUUUGAUUCCGCGAACAAGGUGCAUGUGUUGGACACUUUGGAAAAAAGUGUUGAUGUGGGCAAUUACAUUUUUGUUUUCGAGAUUGUGUUUAAUGAUCCGGAGCAUAAGAAGGCUUAUGCUGUGGAAAGUAAAACUGAGGUUCCAAUUUUCUUAACUGGAGCUGUUAAAGUUGGAAAUGCAAAGAUUGCAGUUCUUGAUAGUGAUCUUGGGAGCAUUGAAACGCAGAAUCUGGAUUUUGCUGGAGAGAAUCUUGUGUCGUUGGGAGCUAAUCAUCUCCAGAAGUUGAAGCUGCGUUUUCAAUUGACUACCCCCCUUGGCCAUCCUUUCAAGCCACAUCAGGCAAUUUUGAAGCUGACUCACGAGAGCAAGGUGGAACAUGUCUUUGUGGUUGGAAACACUGGCAAGCAGUUUGAGAUAGUUCUGGAUUUCCUUGGACUCGUGGAGAAAUUUUACUAUCUAUCUGGUAAAUAUGAAAUUCAGCUCACUGUUGGAGAUGCUGUCAUGAACUCCUUCUUUAGAGUUAUUGGACAUCUUGACCUUGAUCUACCGGAAGCACCUGAGAAGGCACCCCGACCUCCUGUGCAGCCUGCUGAUGUAUACUCAAGAUAUGGACCUAAAGCUGAGAUAGCCCAUAUAUUUAGAGCUCCAGAAAAGCGUCCUCCUCAAGAGCUCUCUUUGGCUUUCUUAGGACUCACAGUUUUGCCUCUCUUGGGGUUCAUAAUUGGGCUUUUACGUUUGGGAGUAAACCUGAAGAAUUUCCCUUCUGCGGCGGCACCUGCCGCAUUUGCUGCACUUUUCCAUGUGGGCAUCGGAGCUGUUCUGUUGCUCUAUGUUUUCUUCUGGUUGAAGUUGGAUCUGUUCACGACGCUGAAAAUACUUGGGUUCUUGGGAGUGUUCCUGCUGUUUGUCGGACACAGAACUCUUUCCCACCUAGCGUCGACAUCAUCCAAGGUGAAAUCUGCAUGAGUCCUGGUAGAAAGGAGGUUAGAUUGUUCUGAAAUCUUACAAUCCAGGACAUAGUUUGAGUAAGGUGUAUGUUUGAGAGUACGUUAUUAGGGGACACAUUUACUGGAAAAUUUUGUAGCGUCGACUCCUCUAUACUUUGAGAAUUACAAUACUUAUAGAAGCUUCACCCAAGCAACGUUUAUUUAUCAAUUGGUGGUGGAAUUCUCUCAUCUCUGAGCUUUGUAACAGCCCUCAAGCAACUGCGUGGGCAUAUAAUCUAGUCGAUCAACGAAGCAGUAGUUCUUCUCUUGACGUUCAUUUACGAAAAGCCGAGACAAAUCAACCAUUUUGCUUUAGCUUGAAGAAUCACACUUUAAAUGGAGAAAGGUAUAUUUGUGUGAUCUGAGUCUGAAUUUUGGUUAAGGAGCCCCUCGUAUAGUUUCUUGGUAAGACCACGAGGAAGUUCCUCAAUUCGCAAUUGUGUGGUUGCGUACUUAUUGCUGAUUAGUGUAAGAUGCGGAACCUGGUUGGCACCUUAGUGUACACAGGAAAUCGAAUUGGGGGUGCAAAUGAAUUAUCUAGUCAAUCACGGUUUAUAUUUUUUUGGUCAUCAAAACAAUUUUUUUUUCCUUACAAGUGUAGUCAAAAUCUAUGCUUUAAAAUUUAAAAACUUACGUUUUUUAUACUUUUAGUU